CUCCUCCUCCUCCUCCUCCUCCUCCUCCUCCUUCGUUGUCUUCUCUCAAUCUGAAUCUGUUUGACAAAACCAGAGAAGUUAGAACACCCAGCCAUGGACUACCAGGAGCAGGUGAGGGAGGUGGUCUCUGCGGCCCGGUUCGGAGACCUGAUCGAGUUCUCCUACCCCAUCGGGUACUCUCACUGGGGCGUGUACGACGAGGACGGCUUCGUCAUCCACUUCGCGGUGUCCGAGGAGGGGCAGGUGAUGCGGCGGAUACGAGGCACUCUGGAGGGCUGGUUCCCAUACUGCGGAGACCUGCUGCUGGGCCAGACCAAGAUCCGCAGGGUGCCGCUGGGCGAGGUCAAGGUCCCGGACGGCGCUCACGUCCUGAUCAGCAACAACCGUCACAACUUCAGGCCGUCGGAGCCGGAGCUGAUGAGGAAGCGCUGCGACAUCCUCCUCCACCAGGAGUUCAAAUACGACCUCUUCUUCCUCAACUGCGAACACUUCGCUACGUUCGUGCGUUACGGGAAAGCCGUGUGCAACCAGAUUCCUGCAAAGUUCAAGAAUCAGGAGUGUGAGAAGGCCACCACGGUGUUCCAGACGGCGGUGGAUAAGAGAGACCCUGCUCAGUACCAGUGCGACAUCGUUUUCUGACUCUGUCUUCGUCUGCGUCUCGUCCGGGUGAAUCUCGUCUUUGGUUUGGGGACAGUCAGACUGCGUCAGCCUAUCAGCUGUUUACUCCGCUGUCAUGGCUCCAUUAUCAGCCGUCAUAUUAAGGACUUCCUGAUUGUUCGGGGGACAGAAAUGAGAGUUGGCCUCAAGGUGAACCUGAUGUGGAGCAAACCCAACAUGAAGCACAUUAAAGGGUUUAUUAGUGGCUGUUAAACUGCUCUCUCUGGAGAUCAGCCUCGGUGGGAUGAGGAAACGCUGAGCCGCUAAAACCAGCACUUUUUCAUUAUUCCAUGAUUUGUACGUCAGCAUCUGAUCCGGUCUGUCAGUAAGAACUGUAAUCAUUACUCACAUUUUAGAGAAAAGUGAUCCCAGCCAGUGGGACCAUUCAGAGAUUAAACACUAAGAAACAUUAAAAAUGUCACCCAGGUCACAGCGUUACCAAAGAGGACAUCACGUCUCAGAAUGAUGUUUGAUGGACCGUGUGUAUCAUAUGCGGACUUCUGCCUCUGAACCUUCAGGAACACAUAAUAAAGCUGGGAUUUUAUGAGGAAA